AUGGUCGCAUGCGCUGUACGCUGGCUCUCGGCGGCUGCUGUGGCCUCGCUGGCCCUCCUCUGGCGCCGCAUUCGGCCGAUCGUACGCUUGAGCGUUCACGCUCUGCAGGAGCGAUCGCACGAGCUCUACGCGGCGAAGCGGUUUGAUGAGGCGCUGGAGGCUGCCGCUGCAGCGAGGGAUUUGGCACGCAAUGAGCUGGGUGAGGAGUCGAGCACGCACCAGCGGAUGAUCUUCCACCUGGCCGCAGUGCUUGCGGCGAUGCGACGCCACGAGGAGACGGGUGCAUUGCUCAGUGAGUGUGAGGUGCUCGCAUGCCGCAUGCAUGGUGACAGCAGCUUGGCGCUCGUGCCGAUCUGCCACGCCCGCGCGGAGCUGCACGAAGCCGCAGGAGACUACGCUCUGGCCAUCGCAGCACUUGAACGAGCGCGGGAUCUGCGGCACGACUCGCUCGGUUCUGCGCAUCCCGAUUAUGCUCGUUCUUGCUUCAACCUUGCCGGGCUGCUCUUGCGCCAUGCAAACGAGGUCCUCGUCAUGAGCGAUCGGCAGCGCGCCGUGCUCGCAGGGCGCGCCGUAGACAGCGGGCUAGAGGCGGCGGCCGUUUCCGCGGAUGCGGAGCAAGCAAAGGAGUUUGUGCAGGCAUUGCUCGAGCUCAUACUCUACGGUGGCUGGCCGAACCGUCUCAAAGAGCUUCCCGACUGCAAGGGCGCCAUCGGGCGGCUAGAGAGCUGGCUCGCCGAACGCAACUUUCCUCUUCCUUCGGACCCCGCGCUGUGCGAGAGCAGUGAUGACGGACUGGAGGUGUCUGACUCUGAGAGUGUGAGUGAAGCUGGCGGCGAGGCUGAGGGCGAGCGCCGAGCCUGA